UGAUAAUGCAAUUUCAGUUAUAUUUGGCGAAUUGAAACGAAAUGGCCGCUCCGCUGAUUCCUUUUGAAGAAAUCUCACUGAGAGAUGAAAAUAUUAUUGGCGCAGGAUUCUAUGGCAGAGUAUACAAAACCGAAUGGCUGGGAAGAACAAUUGCUGUAAAGGUGAUAGGCGUUGGCAUGGAAAGCCAACAGAUUGAGAGAGAGGUUAACCAGCUAUCCAACCUGGAACAUGAGAACAUCAUUAGACUUUAUGGUAUCUCCAUGCACGGCAACAUGUUUCACCUGCUGGAGGAGUACGCAGAAGGGGGAGCUUUGUCCACUCUUAUCCAUUCUGACCUACCGAAUUACACCCUGGCCCACGCCUUUAACUGGGCCCACCAAAUCGCCAAGGGACUAGCUUAUCUCCAUGCCAGAACUCCAAGAGCGGUCAUUCACCGCGAUAUAAAGCCAAACAAUGUUGUGCUGAGCCAACAGGGCCUCAGUCUGAAGAUCUGUGACUUUGGGACAGUUGUGAACCUGGCCACCUCGAUGACCGCUGACGUGGGCACCUGCCUUUAUAAAGCUCCAGAGGUCUUUCAAGGACGUAAAUAUAACGAAAAGUGCGAUGUGCAUAGUUGGGCCAUUACUUUUUGGGAAAUAUUAUCCCGAGAGAACCCAUUUAAACACUGUAGGAUCCUUAACUCAGUUGUUUUAGCUGUAAUCGGAGGUACUCGUCCACCGGUUAGUAGUAUAAGGAACGACUGUCCCGAGGAUAUAAUAAAUUUAAUAACCGCUUGUUGGGACUCGGAGCCGAGCAGGAGAUAUUCCAUGAGACUCGUUGCCAAUAUCAUGAACGGAGCUCUCACAGAUGCAGGCCCUUUUGAGCCUUUGAAUUAUAAUCCGUGAAAAUGGAGUAUGUAUCAAGAAAGAUGCUCUUCUUAAUUUCUCUUUUAAAACUUGAAUAUUGUUAGCCAUAGUCUGGGAUAUACUGUUUUCGAGCGUCUGCAGCUGUUGAUCUAUAUAAUAUCGUUGAUUCUUCUUUGAUACUUGUGUUGAAAUCGUUUACGAAAUGGUACAGCUGUCAAUAAUAAACAGAUUUAUGUGUGAACGUUAA